GACACAUCUCUAACUCACAUUAUAAACACACACACACACAGAGAAAGAUUUCAUUCUUCACUUUUCCAAUUCACUAAAAAACAUGGCAGCUUCCUCGUGUGGGUUUCUCGCCUUUUUAUUUUCUUUCUUCCUUCUUCCCUUCGGAACUUCAUGUUGGAAUACAAGCAGUUACAAUUCAAGAAGAUGCAGUCCAAGUGAUAUUAGGAUUUAUCAAUCUUCUUCGGGUUAUACGAGUCUGAACAUUCCAAAAUACAUCGUCCAAAUCAUCAAUGAAGCCGAAGAAGUGGAUGGCGUUUUUGACGUUGAAAUCACAUGUGAAGAUUUUGCAUCCGCAAAUUUGGUUAAUCCCUUGGUUUUCCGCCGUUUGGACCAAGGCCAUUGCCUUGUUAAGAAUGGUGAUAAAAUUGAGCCAGGUGAAAUUAUAUCUUUCGAGUAUUCUAACAUUUCUCCAUACCAAUUCAGUGUCAUCGACGUGAAAUGCUAGUUGUGGAAUUCGACAAUGAAAACAAAAUUAAAAUUUUCUAACUUUUUAUUUUUCCAUUUAACUAGCAUCUCAUUGUAUAAGUAAGACUAUCUUUCUUAUAUUAAGUUCGAGGCACUGCCAUUUGUAUUUUGUUUUCAUAAGUGAUAGAUUCAGGGAUAUACUCAGUAAUGUACGCCAUUGUACCUUAAGAGGAAGAAGAAGUCUCAUGUUGUUUCGGAC